UCUCCUGGUAUUGCUGAUGUCUGGUGAUGUGUUCUAUGUAGAUGUUCCUUGAUGGCUUCCAACACUAUGAGUUGCCGCAUCAGCCGAGCAUAAUGCUGACCAAUUCCACAUUCUCUCAACGCUCACUUGUUACUGGGGUCCCAUCUGCCAUGGGCUCCAAUGAUCAGCCUGAAUCUGGUAACCCUGAGCUCUCAAGGUUUCGGCCAGAGGGGCGUAUUUUACUACUGUGAUAAAGAACCAUCUACACCAGAAGUACCUACUUAGACAGACAGCUACUAAAUUGCAUUACACAACAUUCUUCAUUCUCUAAACUUCUUUUGUAUGUGAGAGAGUACUGGCAAAAUAAACUUCUGUUUUUGAUUGGCUCAGUUUUAAUAAAUCACUUAGAGUUACAUGUUUAAACUUACGGCCUGAAUGUUUGUGAAUUUAGCCUAAUUUCAAUGGUUGGUCCUUUUAGUAUAGCUAUUUUGGAAUUCUUCACAUGUAUAUUUUCAACCUGUUUGAACGCUGACAGAAACGUGCAAACCACUCCUUUUCAGCACUGAUUGAGUCAAUAUUACAAACAACCAAAUGUUUCUAACUUUAAGAUGAUUCAGUAAUAUUCAGAGACUCGUUAUCAGGUGUCAUUCAUGGCUCACCCAUUAUAGUUUUCAUGAAAUCUAAGCCAAAUUGUUGACCCGAGUUUUUUUCAUUUAAUAGUUCCCGAUAUCAGUGGCUAAAGCACAACAGCCAGAUAGAUUCAGAAUAGUCAUGUUUGUUGUAGGCACUAAUACACUAUUUUAGUGAACAAUUUAUUCACUUUCCAUGAUUAUUCACCAGACCAACAAAACACUCAGAAAGUUAAGUAGUAGGCAAUUUCUAGGGAAAAUGAUAUAUAAAUGUAGCCUUCACCUUUGAAUGGUGUGGACACAAUUUGAUCUGAAAUAUGCUGACAAUUAACUUUGCAGAGUCACUUACUGGGAAUAGUAAUAAUUCCAGAUAUAUCUGACAGUAAAUAUGCAUCUGAAAUUUGACUCAGGUCUCAACAUUAACUAUCAGGUACACAAUCUAGAAUAUCCCCAUAUUUACAGAUAUUUAAAGUUUCUCUAGUACACAGCAGAAUUCAGAAGAUAUGGGCCUCAUCACCGUUGACUAGUCUGAUCUGUCAGAAAGUAUGCAAGAAAUAUUAAACUAAAGAUUGUUGACUGCAGUGAUUCUGCAACAAAAUCCCUCAAUUUACAAGCUAAUUCCUUAGAUAACGCUCAUUUGGAGGAUUUUUUUCUUUCCUAAAAUGGCUGUGCUUCAUGGUCUAAUUCAUUUAGUUCAUAGCAUCUGGUACUAGAGCAAAGGUAAUUUCAGAAAAUCAGUUCACGAUAGAAUAUUUGCAGUAUGUUCAGAAUGGUGCGUUGGCAGCUCCUGUUACGAGUUUAUUAGUGUAGAAUAAAGAAUGCCUGAGUUUAGCAGAUAGUGGGUGUCACUAAUCAUUCCUCUUGAAACGUCUGUGUUUCAAUUGCAAUGUGCUGUAGUGUCACUUUUCAGACAUCAGCCUCUAUAUACAUUGACCCUUUUGCAAUAAUGUAAGGUUUUUCUCAGAACACUUUCCCUGUAGGAGGAUUUGCAGUUUACAGACAGCAGUGUUUUGAAACAAUUCAGGACAUCUGUUUACUUCACUAUCUAGUGAGUUUUACUACUGUUGAGUUCACCAUGAAUACGUUCCUCUGUGAACCAUUUUCUCAGCAUUUCAGCCACUAAUGAAGGGCCAAAUCCCCACUUGCCUUAUUUUCACAAAUAGUCCCAUGGACGUCAGUGGAACUAGUCAUCUGAGUAAGGAACUUGAAAAAAAAUUAAAGGGUUCAUCAGAUGCCUUGCUACUGCUGGAUAUUUUACAGAAGACUAUUCAUCACCCCUUGUGCAUGAAAUAUCCCCCUUCCGUGAAGUACAGAAGAUGCUUCAUAUCUGAACUCAUUAAAAAGCAUGAGUCCAUAGCAACUGAACCCCUGGAUGAAUUGUAUGAUGUACUAGCAGAGAUUUUAAAUAAAGAAGAAUCUACCAACUGUUAUAAGAGCUACUUACUGCCCACAGGGGACUCUGUUACACUUUCUGAGACGGUGGCAAUAAUCUCACAGGGAACCACAGGACUGGUUACGUGGGAUGCUGCUCUUUAUCUUGUUGAAUGGGCAAUAGAGAAUUCUGCCAUUUUCAGUAACAGGACCAUCUUGGAAUUAGGAAGUGGGAUUGGCCUCACAGGAAUUGCAAUCUGUAAAACCUGUAAUCCCAAGGCAUAUGUAUUUAGUGACUACCAUCACUGUGUUCUUGAGCAACUGAGAGAAAAUAUCCAUUUAAAUGGCUUUGUUCUGGAGUCUGAAACUGGGAAUCACACCAAAAUGCAAUCCCAAAACCAGAGGACAGAAGUGAUGGAUUUACAAGGACCAAAAAUAACAGUUGCAGAACUUGAUUGGCAUUGUGUUACAAAGGAACAACUUUCAGAGCUUCAAGUUGAUGUUGUCAUUGCAGCAGAUGUGGUGUAUGAUCCCCAGAUAACUUUAUCCCUUAUCGGUGUCCUGCAGCAACUUUCCACUUCCGAAACCACUGGAAACCCACCUGAGAUCUACAUUGCCUUCACGGUUCGUAAUCCAGACACCUAUCAUCUCUUCCAAACUGAACUUGGUAAAGUUGGGAUUGGCUGGCAGGUUGUUCCUACUCACACGAAGAACCUUUUCCUAUAUGACCUGCAGUCAGACAUAAUUCUUCUAAAAUUACUUGCGUAGACUUUGUAAAUCCAAUAUUACUAAUAGACAUUUUGACAGACUAAGCAUAAGAUCUAUCAUGAUCGUGACAGUGACCUUGAAUUCUGGACACAUACUUGAGUGGCAGACUUAGAAAGCAAGGUUAAGGUCUGUACUUUGUCAAUGUGUUUUAGGCCCCAAUGCUGCAACUGAUAGUGGGUGGGUGGACAGCCCCACCUGUGUGCUGCCCUUCUGCCUCCAGUGUGGUUCCUUGGGAGUCCAUAGGUUGUCACUUGCAGGAUUGGGGCCCCAUUCAGACUAAGAUUUUAUUCUUCCAGAAGGCACAAGGAAGAAAACUGUAGAGUUUCUAUGGCAUUGUGAUAUGCACACAUUGGAAAUAAGUUUUGUGAGACCAAAAUAAUGAAUUUCUCCUCCCGGCAUGGUGAAAUAGAGCAAUGAACAAUUUCAGUUUUUAUAUUAAAGAAUUAUUUAUA